ACUUUUUUCUGUUUUUUUAACCUCCAUGGCUUCUGCUCUCUGCUUUUCUCUCUCGAUUUAUCUCCACUUUUCUUCCUAACUGUCUGCAACCUUUUAUAUAAGCCUUUUCCCCCUUAUCUCUUCGCAGCCCCAACUUUUCCUUUUUAGUCUUUGAAGUUGUUUCUGUUUUGUUUUCUAUGUUAGAUACCUUGAAAUUGGAUCAUUGAAGCUUUUUGGUGAAAACCCUUUUGAUAUAUAGAGGAGAUUAGGGUGUUUUAAUAGGAUAAUUCCGAGUUUUGAAACAGAAGGUUUUAGGUGCAAGGGGAAGAGAGCAAGUAGGGUUUUAGCUUGGAAAUGGAAAACGUUUCUGGAGUUGGGAAGGAUGAAGAACAGAUGGAUAUGCCGCCUGGAUUCCGAUUCCAUCCCACAGAUGAAGAGCUUAUUACUCACUACUUAUACAAGAAAGUCCUUGACAUCAAUUUCGCUGCUAGAGCUAUUGGGGAGGUGGAUUUGAACAAAUCUGAGCCAUGGGAAUUGCCACGGAAAGCAAAAAUGGGAGAAAAAGAGUGGUAUUUUUUCUGUGUGAGGGACAGAAAAUACCCAACUGGAUUGAGAACAAACAGGGCUACUGAAUCUGGGUACUGGAAAGCAACAGGGAAAGACAAGGAGAUUUACAGGGGGAAAACAUUGGUUGGAAUGAAGAAAACCCUUGUUUUCUACAAGGGUAGAGCCCCCAAAGGAGAGAAAUCAAACUGGGUGAUGCAUGAAUACAGAUUGGACGGUAAAUUCUCUGUCCACAACCUCCCCAAAACUGCAAAGAAUGAAUGGGUGAUUAGCAGGGUGUUUCAGAAGAGUUCUGGUGGGAAGAAGACCCAUAUUUCAGGGCUGGUUGGGAUUGGCUCUUUUGGAAAUGAACUUGGUCCUUCUGCUUUACCUCCAUUAACGGAUUCUUCACCGUAUAGUGGUGGUACCAAAUCGGCUCGCCCCGAAUCAGCAUACGUGCCCUGCUUCUCCAACCCAAUCGAUGUUCAAAGAAACCAAGAAAACACAAUCAAUUGCUUCAGCAAUCCUCUCCUUAAUGUUUCUUCAAACCCCACCGACAUUUUCCCAAGAAUUCCACUUUCAAACUCGUUCUACUCUGCUCAAUCUGCCCCUGUUCCAUCCACCCUGCAAUUUCCCACCUCUGUUUUUAUGCAGGACCAGUCUAUCCUGAGGGCCUUACUGGAAAGCAAUGGAUCAACCCUGAGACAGAGUUUCAAAACAGAGAGGGACAUAAUCAGUGUUUCACAAGACACAGGAUUAACAACUGACAUCAACACUGAGAUCUCUUCUGUCAUGUCGAAUCUCGAAAUGGGAAAGAGGCCAUUUGAUGAUCAAGAUGCUCCUUCUGCUUCAGCUGGACCAGUGGACCUCGAUUCUUUUUGGAAUUACUGAGAUUCAAUCAAAACACACCAGCAUUCAAUCGAAGAAAUUCACAAAAAAAAGAAAAAGAGAGCAUAAUUGUCCCAUAAUAUUAAAGUUUGAAUUACUAUAGUGUGGGUCUGUAUAUAGUUUUUAUGAAUCAUAAGAAAAUCUGGAAGAAAAUGAAGCACAAACAUAUUAUGUGUUGUAUUAGUAAGAAAUUAUUAUUUUAAACUCUAAUUUUUUCUUCUUAAUAUCAUAUUAAGGGGUGUUGUUAUUUUCCAUUGUUAAAUUAUAAAUUGGGUUGGAUACA